UCCAGCCAUUUUCCGCAGCGCAGCAGAACCCCGCACAGCCCCAGCAACCAACGGAGGCAAAUCAUAUCCAGAGGCGACCAGUGGGGUUACUAGUUAGUUAGUAGUGCUAUCUAUUGUUUCUAGUAGUUGAGUUGAUCAAGGAGAGAGAGAGAGCUCUACAGUAGACAAUGGUCCCUUCUGUUGGGAGAUUGGUGCCGUCAGUGGCACUGCUCAUUACUAUGAUGAGCAUGUCGUCGCUGAGCCUGGUUACCGCGACAACCUCGACCUCGAUAGUAGCAUUCGACGACGACGAGGAUGUCCCGAGCAGGAUUUUCCUGCGAGGAGGAGUGCUGCAUUCGCCUCCGUUUGCCUUUGUGGAUAAGGAUCCUGAGACGGGAGAAGCUAGCUUUCGUGGCUUCCAGCUUGACUUGCUGGAACGCCUGAAAAUCUUUGCUUACCAAGACGACGGCAUUGAAUUGCACGUGGAAUUGUUCGAGGCACCCGACUUUUAUACCGAUGCCUUUAACCUGAUUGCCAACGAUUGCAACCGUACCAACGGCCGUGGUCAUUGCGACACGUUCGAUUUCAUGUUGGCCGAUUUCUACUCCAAUCCCGAACGGUUCCUGCGUGCCGAUUUGACGCAUCCGUGGCUCCGGAGUACGGCCACCACCAUCAAGUACCUCGAGAAGAAGGAAGGCAGUCCGGACUACACGACGCUCGCAGAAGCCGAAGAUGCCGGAGCCACCGUCUGCACUCCCAAAGGCACUUUCAUGGAAGCCUUUGCCUGGACGAAAUAUCCACGCGGGAUUUACAUUAGUUGUGAAAUGAACAAGAAGGAAUGUAUCAAACUGCUCAAAGCGGGAAACUGCUCGUUGUUUGUCUACGAUGAACUCAUUCUCCAUUACUGGGCAUCCCAAGACUACACACUGCAUGUGACACGGGAAUCCUUUUCCACUCAGUAUGUUGUAUGGCCGUUGAGGCAAUCACUGCCACGCAGAACCUCGACCUUGAUGAAUAAAUGGAUCUUGACGGCACUCCAAAAUGGGACUCUGGACGAACUCUACUUUCAGUAUUUUCGAAAUCAAUUGUGCCCCCAGGGAACCGCUGGAGUCAACUGUGAAUUGCCGUGUGAUCCAGACCACGGAGAAGCCAAUUCCAGGGGCGAAUGUAUCUGCGAAUCCAUCAAAUGGACCGGAGAUGAUUGCAGCAGUGAAGUACCGGAAGAAUUGAACUUGCUCCCCAAAGACUUGAUCGUCGUCACCUCGAUCAUGGUAGCACUCAGCUUUCUUGUGGCUGCGGGGUGUGCUGCAUGGGUCGUUCACAAUCGAAACAGAGCCACAAUCAAAGUCACACAGCCGAGCUUCUUAUUGUUGGUUCUAUUUGGCUGCGUCGUGUCUACAUCAACAAUCAUUGCCAUGGCACAAGAAGAUCCUGGAGAUGGCCCAGUGCCUGCCUGUAUGGCUAUACCGUGGCUAUACAGUGUGGGAUUCUGCAUCACCUUUGGAUCUUUGUUUGCCCGCAUCCGGCGCAUUCACGCUGUGUUGCAGUAUGCUGCAGAAUUGACCACUGUCAUUGUGUCCACCAAAGACACGGUGCUAACAAUUGGCCUGGUCUUGUUGGUGGAUGUGGUGAUUCUGACCACAUGGACUAUCGUAGACCCACUGGAAUGGACCAGGGUGGUGACCAGCACUGAUGUCUUUGGCAAUGCACUCGAGUCAGAAGGUUACUGUCAGUCAGAGUACUGGGUGGUCUUUGCUGGCAUUAUUGGGGUGGUUCACUUGCUUCUGAUGGGCACUGCUUGCUACAUGUGCUAUCUUGCUAGAUCAAUCCCCAACAGCAUAUCCAAUAACAAGUUUAUUGGCAUUGCGAUGUUCAGCAAUCUGCAAAUUUUCUUGAUUGUGGUUCCUGUCCUCUUGAUCAUGGGAUCAGAACCUCAGGCAAGCUUCUUUGUCAAGUCGGUGGCUAUUUGGAUCAAUGAUUUUGUGGUGGUGAUUUUGAUUUUUGGGAACCUCAUUUUUAGAGUGUACCUCUUUGACAAAGAGAGGAAGCAAAAGAGCAACAGGAAUCUUUCGAUUAUGGAGAGCAAGGUGGCUAUUCGGUCAAACAUUGUUGCCUUUGCCGAGAGGGCCAAGAGUGCCUCGUUGUAUCUUGAGGAGCAGUCAGAGUCGCAACACUCCACCCCUUCCAGGAGGCGGUCGACUGUGCGUUUCUCCAUUGCUGGGGAACCAGAUCAGCUCACGCAUGAGCUUUCGUCGUCUCAUAUGAGCGUUGAAAGGGAUGCCCUCAACGACGAAGGCAGUCAGGGGAGCUGCGAACCUAGAGAACACAACUCGUCAACAAACAACAAUGAUUGCGAAGAAGGGGAAGUUGGGCAGAGCGCAGCGGCAAUCGCCGUAGUUGCGUCGCGACGAAUGUCGAAGGGAAGCGCAAUCAAAGAUCCCGAGAAUGUUGGACUGAGCGGUGCGGCUGCUGUGUCGUCGCGAAAACUCCUGCGAGGUUGUUCGGAAAGCAAUGUCAUCUCAAUACAAGCAACUUACAAUACGCCAUCACCUGGACAGGGCACCAAACAUGCAAGACGGAGAGACAUGGUCACAGUUUCGGAGCCGAACUUGAUACAGGACAGACCGCAAAGAGACGUGCUGUGUCACAUGAAACAAGUGCCACCGAGAUGGCGUGACAUGAUACCAUCCCAAGAGGGGCUACUGGGCGACGAAACUGACGACAACGCUUUGCGUCACAUGAAGCAGGCACCAGGACGCCAAAAUGUGGUCGUAUCCGACGACAACGUUUUGCGCCACAUGAAGCAGGCACCGGGAAGCCAAAAUGUGGUCGUAUCUCAAGGGCUGCUUGGAGAUGAAAGUGACCUAGAAGCCUUGCGCCACAUGAAGCAAGCUCCUGCAAUUCUAGCUGUGGUGUCGCCGCGAGGGCCCCGAGGACUGUUCGACGAAGAAAGCGACAGAGAAGCCUUGAGGCUCAUGAAGCAAGACCCACCAAUGCAAGGAACAAUCUCACAGCCAGGCAGGGGAGGGCUCCUGGACGGGGAAGACGAUGAAGCUGCUCUGCGACAUAUGAAACAGGCCCCGCCAAUCCGAGGUGCUGUCAUGACACAUCGAGGUCCUCGAGGGUUGCUAACGGAUGAUGCCGACUAUAGAGCUCUCCUCCACAUGAAACAAGCCCCGCCUAGUCAAAGCAGCGGUUCGUGGAAAGAGCACGCGUUGUCAAAGCAAGCCAAGGAGACAUCCAUACAGCCACAAGCAGCAUCGAAAGAGGCUGGCGAAUCGUCGGUGGAGCGAGCUCCAUCAGACAAUGACGAUGAAUCGCAGGGGGGAGGUGCCUCGAUGGAAGGCGGCAGAAAAUCUUCCAAUGAUUUCCCCGCUUCAUGAUAUCGUUUGCCCCCGAGCAAGAAACCUGGCCAGCCAGGUCGUGGGGCCGAGAGUGGCGGUUUAUGCGCAGCAACAAAUACUCGUGAUGGAUUUCGCGAAAUCGUGCUCUGCAACAUGGUGGUCUACUGGAUUCGAUUCCGGAGGACCCUCAAGCCACUCGCUCAGAGAGAUUCGAUUCAGUCGAUUGCUAGAUGUGGCGCGACUCGGAAUCGAAUGAUUCAAUCGAAAGACCACCGUUUUAUCAAUGCAAUUCCUGGAGAGGAGCUCGGAAAGUUUAAAGUGUAGCAACGGACGGAGCUCUUAGAACUCUCGAAAUUCGAGGAAGCAGCGUUGUGCAUGCGGUAGCAUGGUUAAUAGAAUCUAGGUACUUCUCGUACUGUACAAACUGGCUUGUUCUGUUAUGCAACUUCUGGUGACCACAUACGAUGUGCUACAUGUACUAUUAGUUCAGUCACUUUUUGCU